AUGGUCGCACCUUAUUGGGGAGAGUUGCCGCCUCAAGAUUUGGCAGGCAAUUCACACAAAGACGACAGAAUUGCACUUCACGGCAGUGCAAUUAACUAUCACUCGGCUUCACAUGUCCAAGGAACACCUACGCUCUCUAUGCAAAAUGCCAAGCCCGAAAUCCAUUCACAUUCAACGCAGAGCUCUUUAGCAUCCCCAAUUUCUUCAAAUUUUUCAACAGGACUAGCUCCUCGACCCCCUUCAUUCACCACCGGUAAUGUAGAAUACGGUCAAGGAUUUGAAGAUAGACGCAGGCAGAGGCGAAACCGUCACAGGAACCAAGUUUUCGAUGAAAAUAAAGUUCUAAAUGCACCCCCUCCGACUGCACCAGAGGUACCACGAAAGCAAAUAAUUGAAUACGAUCCCCUACCAAGGACCGAAAGGCCUUCGCUCUAUCAUACAGCAACACAUCAAGGAUGGUUCGAAGAACCACAAACUAUGAAUGGAUAUAAUUUUCUUGGACAGAGAACGGCAGAUGCUUCUUCCCACACAAGCAUGGAGGCAGAACAACCUAGCGCAGGCGGGAGACUCGGAGGCACAAUGAUGUCUAGAUCUAAAUUUUCACCGCCGAACCAACCUCAUAUUUCACAUCUUUCGCGAAAAAGUUCCACCAGUGAAGAAGCACUUCAAAGUAAGAAACCGCAGCUUGUUACCGUAGUGCGAAAUGAAGUUUGCAAACAUGGAAUUGAGUAUGCGCCAGACCGUUCACCACUACAGAGGCUCGAAUUGACCCUCGAUCGCAUAAAUAAAGUUGAGAAAAGCGAUCACGAUGUACAAAUAGACCACUUUACAAGGGAAGCAGAGGUUACCGACUUUGCAGUGAAAUCCAAGACAACUCUCGGGAACCAGUUUAUACCCAAUAGCCACGAAAAAUUACUUCAAAAAUUGACAGCAGUAAAGAAUAACACCGCCUACGAAAGCCGCUUAGCAAAUAAUGAUAUAUAUCCCGGCUCUAGCAAUGAGUUUUUCCACCUAAAAAAAAUGGAGAAGACUUUGCCACCAAAAAUGAAUCAAAUUCAUAGCCUGGAAAUGCCCUCCUUAAAUUCUGUGUAUUCUGCCACACCACACGUAAAUGCAACCUCAGGCCAAGAUAGCUACUCAGAAUACCAUUAUGGAUCUGAUCUGGAUAAUCAUAAUGGUAUAGCGCCCGCCGUCGGAGGUAACAAUUCCAGAUACGACAAAAAUCAUGUAAGUUUCCGUGUCGCUAAUUCAGACGAAUCAAAAAAACUAUAUGAAGCUGCACGUUCAAAAGAAGGUUUAAAAGUCGAACAUUUCCAGAACGCCGAGUCAAUGCAGGGAAAAGAAUCAGAAUACGUUCCUCAACAAACGAGAGAUAAAGAGUUGCCCAAGCUUCCGCUAGAAACAUCCCAAUCAGGCUCCACCAUAAGAAAUAACAAUUCCAGGCUGGGUGACUACAAAUCUGCACCGCGGAGAACGUUCAGUAAAUUAUCAAAAAUUGCUAGCGAAAAACUGUCACCUAAGUUUCCUAAGAAUGAACCUAUAACACUAGAUGCAUCUCAAAUAGAGGUCAAGAUUGAGAAUAAAGCCAGGAAUACUACCCCUCCAGACUCAGAAGAGGUUUAUAUCCAGAAAUCGCGUUUCCCAAAAAAUAUAGAUCAACAGUUUGCUAGAUCUCCCGUUCGAGAAGAAAAUUACCCUAGCCAAGACAAUUUUGUUCCAUCUCCAAGACUCGACGAAUGGAAAAAAGGCGGUGUCGCUCAGUUGUCAGGAACAUUUUUAGAGCUCUGUGCAGAGGACCAAAAACUUGGUGCGAAUAGUGACAAAAGUUGGUGGGACUCCGAGAAUAAUGAUCGAAUAGUAAAUUCAAACGUCGCCAGAAAGGCUGAAGCCUAUGAAGGUGAAUAUGAUGACAAUAUCGUCCCUACAAGAUUUAAACCACCGUUAUUCCUCGUCAGUGGACCCAUGCUGCGAUAUUGUGGGUUACGUAGAGAAGUACCAAGAAACUUCACUAACACAACCCAACUUGAGCGGGAAAUAUGGAAGGGUACUGUAAUGAUCGUCUGCCAGGACUCUCAUUCGUCAUAUGAAUUGGCACCAACCCUUAGGCUAUUCCUUCAACCUGUGAACUUGCUGCCUCCUCCACCGACUAGAGUCGAUGAUUCUGGGCUGGCCCCUGAAUAUAUUGAUCCUAUAGCUGGCAUUUCCCGAAUUGGAAGAGAUGGACGAACGCUUUACGUACGCCCUGUCGAAGAAAUUGAUGAAGAAAGGGAUCUAUCUAGGGAAGAGUCUGCGGACGGCCUCUAUGAUAUGGGACGAAAUAUGCCUGAAGUUAAUUAUACCAAAACACCUAACUCUCCCCAGCAAAUUGACGGCGAGAAAGCCGGCAAGUAUAAAGAAGUCCGUGGUUUCCGGCUACACUCAGAGCAUGGGAUGACAUUUUGGCGCUUUAAUCUCGAAAUCGAACUCAAAGAAAACCAGCAAAGAAUCGCUUAUCGAAUCAAUCGCGGACCCUCGACCGGGUUUUGGGUACCUUCACGCGGUCAGGCCAUGAAGAUUGUUUUUCAUAGCUGUAAUGGAUUUAGCCGCAACGUAGAUCCUAACCCUUAUUGUGGUCCAGAUCCCAUGUGGCGGGACAUCCUAAAUACACAUCAAACUCAGCCUUUUCAUGUUAUGUUAGGUGGAGGUAAUCAAAUAUUUAACGACGAUAUCAUCCAUGAGAGUAGACUGUGCAGAGCGUGGCUCAAUAUGCGCGAUACUCCCUACAAGCAGCAGUUUCCAUUUUCCUCUAAUCUCCAACAUGAAUUAGAGAUAUUGUAUCUUAACCACUACUGUGCGUGGUUCUCGCAGGGCCUAUUUGGUCUUGCUGUCUCUCAAAUCCCUAUGAUCAAUAUUAUCGAUGAUCAUGAGAUAUUUAGCGGAUUUGGAUCCUAUCAAGAUGAUUACAUGCGAUCACCUGUUAUGUCUGGAAUUGGUGCUGUAGCUUACAAGUAUUACAUGUUGUUUCAGCAUCAAAGUUGUAUAGACGAAGGAGAAGAUACUGAACCGUCCUGGGUCUUGGGCGUGCAGCCAGGACCAUAUGUUCAAGAGUUAAGUAGGAGUAUCUUUUCUCGGCUUGGAAGACCGAUUGCCUACCUUGGUAUUGACUGUCGUACCGAGAGAACAUCAAACGAGAUAAUGAGCUCACAAACAUAUCAAAAAAUACUGGAAAGGUUAGAAAGAGAAAUUAUAAUAGGCGACACCAAACAUCUUAUUGUUUCGAUGGGUAUUCCAAACCCAUACUUGUGGCCUACGUGGGCUGAAAAUAUAUAUCCCGCAAAGGAAUCUCCUCCAUCAAGAAUUUUUGGGCGAAAAGAGUUGCGUAAAAAGCAAUCGACAGCAAAUACACUCGAUAACUCCGAUAUUCCAAACGAUCUGGUUGGUAAUUGGAUUGCAAGAAAUUAUAAAGACGAGAGAAAGUGGUUCAUCGAAGAACUGCAGGACUUGGCGGCUGCCAAAUCUGUUCGAGUUACACUUCUUGGGAGUGGGGUUCAUAUAGGUGCAGUUGGAAUUCUAUACUCAAAUCCUAAACUUGGUAUACCCAAAGAUCGUGACUUUCGUUACAUGCCGAAUAUUUUCUCAUCUGCCAUUGCUAACGCACCUGCCUCUGACAUUCUCUGCGAUUUACUUGACAAGAAGAGCAAGAUCCACCAUUUAGAUGCCGAAACUAACGAAGAUAUGCUCUCUAUAUUUUCUCAUGAUGUCAAUGGCCAGCCACGUAGCAACAGGCGAUUCUUUAACCGUCGUAACUGGUGUGCGAUACAGGUGUAUCAUUCUAAAUCCUGCUCAGAUAAGUUAGAACAAAGCGAACAACAAAUUCCUCAAACAACUCGUCGUAGCCACAGCCUAAUUCGCCGCUUCUCUAAUUCCCAGGGUCCAAAAUUUUCUCAGGCUGAGACACCAUUCUCUGUCAUCCCUCUGACUCGCGGUAGGUCCGUCGCAAGUCGACCUCCUUUAUCAAAUCCACAGUUUUUUAAUGAUUUCAACGGAAAACAGACUUCGGGUGCAAGCCCUGAAUCUCGUCGUGGCUCCAUGUCUUCAGAAAGACAAAAUGUGGUACGGAGGACUUUAUCUUUAACACGUAAAGACUUCAACAUUGUAGAACAGAUACGACGUCGUAGCAGCAGUAGAAAAAGGUCUGAUCAACUUGAGUAUUCGGUAUAUCAAAAUGGUCGUAGAGAUGAAUUGCCCGAAAAAGAGGUUGUCAGGGAAAAUCCUUUUGUUGGAAGUAACGAAAUUAUCAAUAUAUCUUCCGAGGUGCCAAAAAUUGCGUCGGAGAAUACAAACACGAGUGAAAAGAGUUUACUAAAAACGCCACAAGGAGGCAUGCACAAGAAUGACGGGAAAGGCCUCGAAAAUAUCAAAAAGCGCUUUCGACGCCUCUCCAUUGGAAUCGGUGGAAAAGAAACUAAAAAACACGGCCAAUUAAACGAUUUAAACCUUGAAAACGGGCUGGAUAUAUGUCUUAACAUAGAAAUAAGUCCAAGAGAUCCAGCUGGCACGACAAUUCCUUAUAGACUUGUUGUUCCGGCGUUGGUUUACAAUGAAUCAGAUCAUGAAGCUGCCGAAUUUCACAAGAGCGGAGUCGAAAAUAAGCGAGUCCAAGUCUAA